AUGGAUCCACGCGUUAUUCUCAACGGGUUUUUAAUCUCAAUGCUAGUUUGUGCCAGAAUAGCACAUUCCAUGCAAACGAUUACUAUAAGCCCGCUUCCGCCCUCAGCGCAUCUAACAGAGAGUACAUACGAUGAAUAUGUAUCUAACAGUGAUCGAGCAACAGUGAUACUAAGGUACCCCUCAAUAACCCUGUUUUCAUCGUCUGUUAUAAAUGACUAUAAAAUCCUCGCCCACAUGUUCAAGGAUAACCCAAAGUGCCGCUUUGCAAUGUACCAAACAAAUGUAUCAUUGGACAGCAAUAUCUCUCUAUUGGAGCCACAUUUAACCUACGUAAAGGAUGGGAAAUUAGCAACAUAUGAUGGUCCACUCAACGUUGGUUUUAUGUUAAGCUGGAUAACCCAAGCUCGUAUUUGUGAUAUGAAAGUUAAGGAUCUUGAAACUUUUAAACUACACAGGACAACACUACCUGCUGGACAUAUCCAAACUUUUGUGUUGUUUGAUGAUCAAGGUUAUAAUGAAGAAACAUUUAAUCGCAUAAUUGACGUUCUUGUUGAAAACAACCUCUUUGUGCCAUGCGGAUAUAUAGAUAAUCGUCAACUCUCGGAAACCAUAAUUGAACUUUUUGAAUACGAUACAUCCAUAGUCAACUUGCCUAAUAUUAUCGUAUUAAAGAACAUGCCUCAUUUGUACAAUGUCCGUUUUUAUUACAGAGACAUAAAUGAUAAGGACGAAUUGAAGACCUAUUUGGUGAAGGAACUUAUACCACCGGUACAUCGUACGGACUCAUAUAUGUUCCCACAACUGCUCACAAUGAACAAAAUCAUAGUUUACAUUUACACUAGGAACGAUGACUUAAAGAACUAUAUCCAAAACACCUGGUAUCUAAACGUUCCCAGAGAACAUCUCGAUCGUUUGAUAUUUGUUCAUUCAAAGGGUUCGCAGAUUAUAGAAAACAAAUUGAAUAACCUUUUGGUUAUUGACGCAGACUAUGUGAAAACAGCUGUACGUGCCUUUGAGGUACGAUUGGAAACUUUGGAGUUCAAAAAAUAUAGACCAGUAACUCUUCCAGAUGGGAAAAUUACAGAAGAGGGUCUAAACGAUUUUAUAAAGGAUCUUGAAAGUGGCAGACUUCGUCACUACAUUAAAAGUGAGCUUGCUAUACCCGAGCAUAUUGAUAAGGGAGCUGUAAAAACCAUUGUUGGCGAGGAUUUUCAUAAACGUGUCAUAGAAUCGGACAACGAUGUUCUUAUCGUAUUCUAUUCACCAUGGUGUGGGCAUUGUCACAUAUCCAAGCGCAUAUUCAGAGAUAUUGGAAGGCGCUUAAAAGAUGACCAUACCCUUACAAUUGCAACUUUUGACGCUUAUAACAAUGAGGUUGAAGAUGUUGAAAUAGCUAAUUAUCCGACGAUUGCCUUAUUUCCACAUGGUGCAAAACAUGAACCAAUAUUUUAUGAUGGGCUCAUAAAUUUAGAAGGAAUUGCGCAAUUCAUUGAGGAAAAUUGCAGGAAGUGCAGGAUAACAGCGGAAAAUUUGUUGCAACGACAUGUUGGUUAUGAACCAAUAUUUGAAAUGCACAGUGAACUUUAAUAAAUUAUAACACUUA